UCUACAAACCAAAAUGGCGACUACCACGGAUUUAGCACCGUGACAGUUCGACCGAAAUUGUGCAACUCUUCAGUAUUUUCAAAAUAGACCUGAACCGUCUAAAACUACAUGACCUUGCCUGUUUGGAUUUUCAUUUGGAAUUUAAUGAAUUAAUUGACCAUGGCCCUUCAGAGACUAUCCUUGAGAUUACGACAAACGGUAGCGCAGGUGCGGCCGCUCCAUUGCAGUGGGUGUGGCCAGCAGCAGGAGGCGGUUGGCAUGGAGAUGAGACCGGAGACAUUCUCCAUCUUCAGAACACAGGAGAACGACCCGGCUUGUCAGUCAGAACAGCACCUAGGGCAGUAUUACACUGUGCCCCCCUCCCACUUCCACACUGUCUUCCCCCAUGGCCUGCCUCCACGAUACCAACAACAGGUGAAGACGUUUAACGAGGGCUGUGUGAUGGUGAGGCAGCCUGCUCUAGAGCUGAUAUCUCACCUGAAGAGAGCUGACUACAGCAAGCCCACCCUGCACUACCUACUCUAUGGGGUGAAGGGCAGUGGGAAGACCAUGUCUCUCUGUCAUACUGUCCACUACUGCUCCACACAGGGAUGGCUAGUACUACACAUACCAGAUGCCCACCUGUGGGUGAAGAACUGUAAGGAGCUGUUGCCCUCCUCCUACCACGCCUCCCGCUUUGACCAGCCAAUACAGGCCUCCAACUGGCUACGCAACUUCAGAACCACCAAUGAACACUUCCUCUCCAAGAUCAAGUUGAGGCAGAGGUACGUGUGGACGAAGAGAGAGAGCACUGAGGAGGGACGGCCACUAGGGGAGCUGGUGGACAUGGGCGUGUCUCGUGUGAAGAGCAGCAGUGAUGUGGUGGGGGCAGUUCUAAAGGAGCUGAGGCUGCAGGCUGGGGGGACAGAGGGGGGCUUCAGGCUGGCUGUGGCUGUUGAUGGAGUCAACGGUCUCUGGGGAAGGACCACGCUCAAGAAGGAGGACAAGAGCCCUGUGGCUCCAGAGGAGUUGACAUUGGUUCAUAACUUGAGGAAGAUGAUCAGCAAUGACUGGUGUGGAGGGGCGGUCAUCGCCACGCUGUCUCAGACAGGAUCUCUCUACGCUCCAAGCUCUGCCUACCUGCCCCAGGAGCUGCUGGGAGAGGAGGGCUUUGACAGCAUGGACCCGUUUGUCCCAGUACCAGUCUCCCUCUACAGUGAGAAGGAGUUUGAGAGCUCUUACCUCUACUACCUGGACCGCCACUGGCUACAACACCCACACAGACCUGAGCCCUAGGACCCUGCCUCUUGACUACCUGGCAUGAAGACUCCUUGCUGUCCCCAGUCCACCUGGCCGUGCUGCUGCUCCAGUUUCAACUGUUCUGCCUGCGGCUAUGGAACCCUGACCUGUUCACCGGACGUGCUACCUGCCCCAGACCUGCUGUUUUCAACUCUCUAGAGACAGCAGGAGCGGUAGAGAUACUCUCAAUGAUCGGCUAUGAAAAGCCAACUGACAUUUACUCCUGAGGUGCUGAGUUGCUGCACCCUCAACAACUACUAUGAUUAUUAUUAUUUGACCAUGCUGGUCAUUUAUGAACAUUUGAACAUCUUGGCCAUGUUCUGUUAUAAUCUCCACCCGGCACAGCCAGAAGAGGACUGGCCACCCCUCAUAGCCUGGUUCCUUUCUAGGUUUUGGCCUUUUUGGGGAGUUUUUCCUAGCCACCGUGCUGCUACACCUGCAUUGAUGUAAAUACUGUGAAAAUACACAGGCACGAGGCAAAGAGCACUGCCCUGCCUACGGAAAACCAUGCAGAGCUUGUGGAACUAAUAAUCACUUUGUAAAAGUGUGUCUCAAAAGAAAAAGACGGGUGAGUGAGGGCAAGAUUUACUGUGUUGAUGAUAUCACUCAGUUUCAGAACAGUGAAUGUGACAUUUACAUGCAUGAAUCAAUUGGGGCUGUACACUCAAGAGGGAAGAAAUGGUUUGUGACACUACGAUUACACAACAAGCAACGUAAUGAGCUACAAAGGCAAAAUCAACCUGGCACCUGAUACACACCUCUUGCCCAGUGAUACUAGACUAAAGCUGUACUCAGGAGAGCUAAUGGGCUCUAUGGGCAUCUUUGUGACCGAAUGUGUAAUUUGUGGACGCAAAAACAAGCUGGAGUUUGAGAUUGUGAAAACCAGUCAACAUUCUCUCCUCUCAGGCUCUACAUAGCAAACGCCUGAUACCUGACAUAGUAUUUAGUUCAGGUUUAGGUAUGUAUACUGUAUGAUACCUGACAUGGUAUUUAGUUUAGGUAUGUGUACAGUAUGAUACCAAAUAAUGUUUGUACCAUGUUUUGUGCUGCACAUUUCAAGCAUCCCCCUUUUUCCUCCAAACAUGCAAACCGUAGUCUGGCUUCUUUAUGGCGGUUUUGGAGCAGUGGCUUCUUCCUUGCUGAGCGGCCUUUCAAGUUAUAUCAAUAUAGGACUCGUUUUACUGUGGAUAUAGAUACUUUUGUACCCAUUUCCUCCAGCAUCUUCACAAGGUCAUUUGCUGUUAUUCUGGGACUGUUUAGGUUCAUGUGUGUCUACUGUAUGAUACCUGACAUAGUAUUUAGUUCAGGUUUAGGUAUGUGUACAGUAUGAUACCAAAUGAUCUGCACAUCGUGGAUCAUGUCCAGCAUGGACCCCUGUCCAAAGAACAACUACUCAGCAGAUAUGACGAUGUAUUCAACAUGCCCGUUGAAUCAGUGCCUGGGGAGGUACACUUUGAAGUGGAUGAGAGCAUCACUCCAUCACAUGUGCUCCUCGCAAUGUGUCCAUUGCAAUGAAAGUGGCUGUGAAGGCCCAGCUGGACAAGUAUGAGGCCGAUGGCCACAUGACAUCUGUGACGAAACCAACUGACUGGAUCAGCAAUAUGGUCAAAGUGAAAUAAAACAGAGAAGCUGAGGGUCUGCAUCGACCCAAAGCAUCUGAACCAAGCACUGAAACGAUCCCACUACAUCAUGCAGACACUAGAGGAUGUCUUCUACAAGCUUCCCAAGGCCAGGAUUUCCACCUUUUUUUCUUUCUUUUUUUAACCUUUAUUUAACUAGGCAAGUCAGUUAAGAACAAAUUCUUAUUUUCAAUGACGGCCUGGGAACAGGGGGUUAACUGCCUGUUCAGGGGCAGAACGACAGCUUUGUACCUUGUCAGCUCGGGGGUUUGAACUCGCAACCUUCCGGUUACUAGUCCAACGCUCUAACCACUAGGCUACCAUGCCGCCCCUUGGUGGAUGCCCCAGAUGCAUUCCUUCAAUGCAAGCUGGACGAAGAAAGCAGCUUCAUGACUACCUUCUAGACCCCCUAGGGUGGGAAACGCUGGCUCAAGCUUGGUGUCUCAGUUGUGCCUGAGAUAUACCAACGCAAGCAGCACAAGUUAUUGGCUGGGCUCAAAGGCAUUGAACCCAUCGCUGAUGAUGUCCUGGUCGUAGGCUGUGGUGAUACAGACGAAGAAGCAGAACGGGACCACGAUGUGAAGCUCCUGGCACUGAUGGAGCGAUACCGAUCAGUUAAGCUUCGCCUUGGCCUGAAGAAGCUGCAGUUCAAGGUGAAAGAUGUCCACUUCCAUGGUCGCAUUCUCUCGGCCAAAGGCCUGAAGCCGGACCUAGACAAAGACAGAGUGAUCCUCGACAAGCCAAACCCGUCUGAUGCAAAAGGUGUACAGCCUCUCAUUGCAAAGUUCAUGCCACACCUAUCAACAGUCUGUGAGCCUCUGAGCCGGUUGCUGGACAAAGACAAGUAUUUCAAGUAUUUUUACCUAAGUACUUUACACCACUGACAAUGACUCACCAUAUUCCAGAAGCACAAUCAACACCUCUAGUCAGGUGUUGAAAACUAGUAUGAGCUAUACACUAUGGUGCAAUGCAUCAGAUUAUUGUUUAUUAAAUGUGUUAAUGUGUUUGUACAUGUCCCUAUUCAAAUAAACCAGAAAAUACCA